AUGGUAAGUAAGUACCACCGCUUGCUUCAGCAGGGGCUACGUGAGGAAGAAGGAGUCACUGAACGACAUAUGGUGGCAGGCGGUGAACAGCGGCACGGGCACGUGGAUGACGACAAUGCGGAAGGGGAUGCUGAUUUUUAUGACCAGAAAGAUGAGCGGCGAGCGAAAAUGUCGAAUCCUAAACAUGAGUCUGCGAAUGUUUCCGCGGGCGGGAAGCAAAAUAGGUCGGUGAGGGAUUGCCUCCCCGGUUCCCUUCCUCCCGUAGCCAAUACGAGCACUGACGCGGCGGUCAGGUUUGAUAGGGAACGAAAAAAUGCGGGUCACGGGAUUGAUAUUUCGUGUGUCGAAGGCGACGGUGCGCAAAUGGGUACGUACGUCUCCACCGGCCGUAGUGACGCAAAAGCAGGGGGAGGAAGUAGCGCUAUAGGCGUCACUGCCGAUGAUGAGAGUGAUGGGAAUUUGGACACGGACGGUAGCGACGCUUCUGAGGGCGAUGAGGUUGAGUCGACAACCGACGCUGAUGUGUAUGGGGAGGACGAUACCACUGAAGGGCCUCGUGGUGGUGUGCGGUUGUAUUCUUGCGAUGCCUGUCCGCAUGCUGUGUUCACAACUCAUGCAGCGUUGCUUGCCCACGCUGAGGAGCACCAUGCGGAUCUAUUACCAGAUCAUGCCCGUUUGCGUCGUAUCGCACAAAAACUUAAUCCAGUGUGGAACCGCGCUCUAAAUGCCCGUCGUAACACCAUUACAUCGUGGGGGAAGAAAAUAUUCCACGUGGCCGCGCAACGUGAUGCGGGGGAGUCGAAGAUGCAGGAGGCUCAUCGUGCCCGGGCACAACUGGAAUGUGUUGUGCGCCGCUGGCAUGAUAAAGCACGUGUCUUUAUAUUUGGAAGCUCUGUGGCGAUGGGCGUGUGGGACGGCACAGCGGAUAUUGAUUUUGCCGUCGUUGAUGUUGAUGCAAUGGAGCGUGGAAGUUGGCCACCGUUGGAGAAGAACGCUGUGCGUUCCAUCACAGAGCUACUACGCCGGGUGGGGUUUUCAUUUGUAAAUUUGGAGCCAAUUAGCCACGCUAGAGUGCCAAUUAUUAAACAUCAUGCUUCGUCACCAAUCCUUACCGUCGCAAGAAGAGACGCAGAAGACGUUGUAGCUCGAAGCAUUCGCUUUAUUUUGAAUGGCCCUGCCACGCGCGAGGAUCGGUUGCUACUGGAAGGAAGCGUACGCGACGCUGUGGGCCCCACUGGGGUGCAACAGGUGUGGUGGAACCGCACCUCCGACAUGAUGUCAGCCACACUCGAAAGUACUACCGCUGCCGUUAGGGCAGCAAUGUGCAGCCCGGCACUUGCCUCGGCAUCACUGCGCACAAAGGUACAGCCGGCGCAUGAUGAAUGCAGGCCAGAGUUGUAUAAUAUUGACUUCGAUCUCAGCUUCCGCGCAUUUGGCAUACGCAAUUCAACUCUUCUACGGAAAUACUUACUUAGUCACCCGUGCGCUCGACCAGGAGCCAUUGUACUUAAAGAUUGGAGCAAGACAAGUGGUGUGAAUAACUCCGUUAACGGUUACUUUACUAGUUAUGCAAUCAACAUAAUGUGGAUAUAUUACCUUGUUCAGAAGGGUUAUGUGCCGUACGUGGAUCCUCUUGAAAUUCCUGAAUCACUCGUAAAUUAUACCGAUUUUGACCCCAGGUACACCCCGAUGAUAGACCCAGAGAUUACGAACACAGAGCGGGAGGAGCUGUACAAAGCAGCCGGCGACAUGCUUGUGGGGUUCUUCUAUUUUUACUCAUUUGAAUUCGACUGGGGGCAUAACGUAAUUUCCCUUAACCGGCCGGGAAUAACAACGAAGAGGAUGCUAGGGUGGCACGUUGAGGACGUUGUACCGGUUGCUUCCACCUCAGUGAGCAGUGGUGGUGGAGGUAGCAAUGUGAAGCGACACCCUACAAGGUACGAGCUUUGUAUCGAGGAUCCCUAUGAAGAAAACUUAAAUUUGGGCCGACACAUCGGAGUAACGAAGUCGUUGCGUGUGCGGACGGAACUCUACCGCGGUCUCUUAUCCUUAUUGAAAGAGGGGGAGACAAGGUCGUGCGUCUUCGCCGCAGCGGAUUCAUCAGGCACGCCGGCGGCUGGGGGUAAGCAGUCGGCCGCUCUACCAGCUCGAGCACUGUUCAAACUGAUGGCCUUAACAACUCAGGCUAUAUCAGAAUCAAGGCGUCUCCCACAAAGUAAUAGUGACAAUAGCGGUCGCAUUGGUAACGGUGAUAAUGAAUCCCUUACGGAGGUCGGCGGUGGCCACAGGGUUGAAGGCGCUGGUGUCGAUCCAGCUUCCUGCGCAGGGGCGUCGCUUUCCUCCUUCGGUGAGCCACCGAUUGGAGUUCAUGAGAAAACGCUUGAAAGCAUAUUUGUUGAGAAGGCCCCUAUGGAGUUUCAGUUGGUACGAAAGGUAUGGAACUGGCACCAACUGAUCCAUCGGCUCGGGUACAAAAUACACCGAGGUCACGUGAUGCCACGGCGUGAAGUUGGGGUACGUUGCACCGCCCGGCGCGAUGCGGAAGAAACAACAACAGAACUGGCUUCGGACGUUGACACAACUAAGAGCCUGAGACCUGGGCGAGGUCUUACAGACACCAUGCUGCGAGACCUGAGCCGCGGCUACAUGACGCUCACACCGGAAUGGGUUGCUUGGUCAGCGCCAUGGGUAAGCCAACACUUGCGCGGAUACAGCCGCUUAACGACAGUGCGUUCCGCAGUGGCCGAUGAAACCCCACCCGCCCUGGCGACGGUUCCGUCUGUCGUGAAACCACCGACUGGAGAGGCGGUUAUGGGUGCGAUGAGGACCACCCGCCGAAAUGCUGCACCUGCUCGUAGGGUGGAGCUGCUGAAGUUAUGGCUCUGGCGCGGCAUCAGCAAGGUUACUCCAUUCAAGAGCCCUCGUUGA